AUGGCGACGAUCAGGGACGGCGAGAAGCAGAGCCGGCACUUGCUGAGCGGCCCGCCGCUGACUGAGGCCGAGGUGGCGGGGGCGGAUCUCCCCCUGGCGUCCUACCUCGUCCAGAAGCUGGCCGCCCACGGAGACCGCGUUCUGCAGGUGGUGCUGGGCCAGGAAUGGCGGGCGGACUGGAUGCUGCGGCAGGCGGCGGCGGAGCUGUCGGCCCUGCGGAGGGCGGUGCCCGGCCUGCGGGAGGGGGACACCGUGGCCGUCUGCGUCGGCCGCUCCGCGCUCUUCGCGCCGGCCCUGCUGGCCGCGCUCUGCUCUGGGGCCGUCUGCGCCGUCGUCAACGCCGCCCUGCCUCACGAGAGCCUGCACCGAGUUCUACACGAGCUGAAGCCCGUAGCGGUGCUGUGCCAGCCACAGUUCGAGAAGUCCGCAUCAGAUGCCAAACCGACCGACUGCCCGCUGCAGGUGCUGGGGUCUGCUGAGUCGGUAGCUGACGCUCAGCAGCUGCUGAUGGGGAGCGCCCAGGGGCUGAAGGCGGACAAUACGGCCCCCGCCGUCGCUCUUCUCAGCUCUGGUACCACGGGGCACCCCAAGACCAUCCGGAUAUCUCGCCGCACCUUGGCCGUAACGAUGUGCUUACUCGCGCGAAGCGAUGCUAUUUUUGGAGGAGACGACAUCGUUUUGUUCACAACGGGGUUCUUCUGGAUCAGUGGAACGCUGUUCACUCUUUGGAGUAUCGACACCGGCAUGAAGUUCGUCGUGACGCCUGAGUUCAGUCCUCAAACUCUGCUGGAACACAUCGAGAUGUCUAAGCCCACCGUUAUGUUCAUACCGCCGAACCAGUGGGUCUCGCUGGCCCGGCAUUGUCCGGAGGAGCGACUGCGGUCAGCGCUGCAGCAGGUGCGCGUCUGCAUGACGGGGGGCGCCGCGCUCAAGGCGGAGGCGCACGCCUGGAUAGAGGGGCGCACGGGCCGCCCGCUGACACAGUGGUACGGCCAGACCGAGGCCUUCCCGCUCUGCAUGGUCGUCAGCCGCCAAGCGCCGGCGCCCCAUGGCUCCGUGGGCCGCGUCAGCGCCGGGAUGCAAGCCAAGGUAUUGGACUUACAGACCGAAAAGUGUCUCGGUCCAGGAGUCGACGGCGAGCUGUGCUUCAAAGGAUGGGCCUUCUCAAAGGAGUACACGGACGAGGAAGGCUGGGUCCACACUGGAGACGUGGGCCACUACGAUGCGGAUGGCAACUUCUACGUCGUCGACAGAGUAAAGGAACUCGUUAAAUACCGCGGUGUACACGUGUCACCAUCAGAGCUGGAGGCGUGGCUCCUGGGACACCCUCAGGUGUCGGAAGCAGUGGUGGUGGGCCUGCCACAUGACGAGGACCAGGAGCACCCUGCUGCCUUCGUCGUGCUGGCCCAGGGCGCUACCGUCACUCCUGACGAGUUGAAGCAACUGGUCAAAGAGAAAGCGUGCGGCAGCGAGGAGAAACUGCUACAUGGGGGCGUGUUCCUGGUGGAGUCCAUCCCUCGCGUGGCCACUGGAAAGGUCAGCAGGGGGCAGCUGCGGCGCGCUCUCCUGGAGAGGGUGACAGGAAGGGCCUAAGCACUCUCUCAGAAAUAGCAGCUGACGUCUUCAGGGGUUCGCUGCAGUCUCACAGGGCAACGGGUACCUUCCAUACGACAGCAGACUACACAAUAACCCACUUGCUAUCUUCUGUACAUCUCUGUUCGCUGGUGUAACAUUAUGUCUGUAAUAAAGUCACAAUC